AUGAAUACAGAUGGAUUAGAAGACGGUGGAAAGCCUGCACCAUCUGGAGAAUUAGUUGAGAGUCAGAUCUUGUCUUCAGAAAGUCAGGACAGUGAAAAAGUUGUUGAGAAUCGAGCUAAUGAUAUUUUAUCGAAGGAGGAAGUGCAGAUACAAACCCCGGGUGCAACAGAAAACUUUAGUGUCUGUUCUGGAAGAGUCACUUCCGUCCAUUUCAACCAUGACAAAUCUCUCAUUGUCUCCGGCAGUCACGACUGCUCCUGCAAGGUCUGGGCCUUCGACACCGGCGCUCUCUUAAAGACGCUCGUCGAGGACAAUGGUCCCACCAUUUCCUUCGCCAGGUUCUCUCUCGACGGCAAGAGCAUUCUCGUUGCUACUCUAGAUGAUACUCUGAAGCUUUGGAACUACUCGGCUAGGAAGUCCUUGAAAAUUUAUACAGGUCAUUUAAACAAAGUAUAUUGCAUAGCAUCCGCAUUUAGUGUGACUUAUGGGCAAUACAUUGUUAAUGGAUUAGAGGAUAACUGCGUUUAUGCGUGGGACCUGCAAGGGAAGAAUCCAUUUCAGAAACUAGAAGACCCAGCUGCCGCUGGGUUACAAGUUACCUCAGACGGGAAACCGAAGAUCCUUGAUGUUCCUGAUCGCACUGGCGGUGAAGAUAUUGAUACCUCAACUGUGGUGAAGGCUGAUUCAGACGAUUGUCUUCGUGGAGUAUCAGGAGCAACUCUGGUUGCAAAUUCUUCGUGUAAGAAUCCUUCUGGGGAGUGGCAUGUGGGUUAUAAAUUCGUAUAUGAGUUUUUUUUUACAGACACGUUGACUUCUCGUUUGGGGAAAGAAAGAGGGAAAAAGUGGGACGAAAAGUAUCACGAAGCAGUAGCUGACACUGCAAAGAAUCUUGAUGGAUUUGACCAGAAACACAUCAAAGUGGAGGAUGCACAGUUGGAAAAAGGCUCGUGA